AUGGCCAAGAAACCUAGCAGAAACGCCAAGAAGGACCACAGGAGAUCUUCUCGUCAAAAAGAUGAAGAAAAGUUGGUGGAAUUACAGAAGAGAAUAGAUGAGUUUGACCCCAAGACAGAUGGUGCGAGCGUAAAGCUCUUCUCUGAUUUACCGUUAUCUUCUGAGACUUUACAAGGAUUGAAAGAGGCGCUGUUUGUGCAGUUAACGGAUAUCCAGAGACAAACAAUCCCUAUCACGUUGAAAGGAGAAGAUGUUAUGGGUACUGCCAGGACAGGGUCUGGUAAAACUUUGGCAUUCUUGAUCCCCACAAUCGAAGCCUUGAUCAGAGCCAAGAUCACUGAGUUUGACGGGCUUGCAGCCUUGAUAAUAUCUCCCACUAGAGAAUUGGCGGUCCAAAUCUUUGAGGUUCUUACCAAAAUUGGUAAGUACAACUCUUUCUCUGCCGGUUUAGUCACUGGGGGAAAAGAUGUCAAGUUUGAGAAGGAAAGAGUCAGUAAGAUGAAUAUCUUGGUAGGGACUCCAGGAAGAAUCCUGCAGCAUUUAAAUGAAGCCGUUGGAAUGGAAACUUCUAACUUGCAGAUUUUGGUAUUGGAUGAGGCUGAUAGGUGUUUAGACAUGGGGUUCAAGAGACAAAUUGAUAGUAUUUUGGGGCAUUUACCUCCCACGAGACAAACGUUAUUGUUUUCUGCCACUCAGAGUGAAUCUGUGUCCGAUUUGGCCAGAUUAUCUUUGACUACUCCAAAGAGAAUUGGAAAUACUUCGGACGAUCGUUUUGGACCUAGUGAAUCAGCUACUGGUGAGAUUUCAGCAACUCCAUCCACUCUUGAACAGUACUACAUAACUGUUCCCCUUGACGAUAAGUUAAAUACCUUGUGGUCUUUCAUUAAAUCACAUUUAAAAUCGAAGAUAUUGGUAUUUUUCCUGUCGCUGAAGCAAGUCCAAUACUGCUAUGAAACCUUCAGGACAUUGCAGCCUGGUAUUUCGCUUUUGAAGCUUUACGGACGUCACAAACAAACGUCGAGAAUGGAGACUACCUUUAAGUUUUCACAGGCACAACACGCCUGUCUUUUUGCUACCGAUAUCGUUGCCAGAGGAUUGGAUUUCCCUGCUAUCGACUGGGUUAUUCAAGUAGACUGUCCUGAAGAUUCUGCCACCUAUGUGCAUAGAGUUGGAAGAUGUGCUAGAUUUGGUAGAAAGGGUAAAUCUAUGUUAAUGUUACUUCCUUCAGAAGAAGAAGCAAUGUUGAAGAAGUUGGAGAGUAAUAACAUAUCAGCAAAGAAAAUGAACAUAAAGCAAAAGGUCAAGAAAUCGAUCAAACCCCAGUUACAAUCAUUAUGUUUCCAGGAUCCUAUCAUGAAGAAUUUGGGACAGAGAGCAUUCAUCCUGUACUUCAGAUCUGUAUAUGUUCAGAAGGAUAAGGAGGUUUUCAAGUUGGAUGAGUUGCCAAGCGAAAAGUUUGCUGAAUCCUUAGGGUUACCUGGUGCACCAAAGAUUAAGUUUAAAGGUGGAGCAGCAGCAGCUGAGGCGCUCUCUGCCGCUGGUAAAGAGAAGAAGAAUGCAUCCAGACAAUUACUACAACUUGAAGCUGCCAACGAAGAUGGUGAACAUACCACGGAAGACGCACAAGGAAAUGGCAAAGUCAGGACUAAAUAUGAUAGAAUGUUUGAAAGACAGAAUCAAACCGUCUUAUCUAAAGAGUAUUUGAAUUUGACUGGCAAUGCCAAAACUGAGGCUGACGCAAACAAGAGUGAUUCUGAUGAUGAUUUCAUGCUGAUUAAGCGUAAAGAUCACGUACUUAUUGAGGAAGAACUUCCAGAUUUGAGCAUUCCUGUCUCCAAGAGACAAGCCAAGAAAGCACUUUCCAAGAAAUUGUCUGUGACGAAUAAGGGAAAUCCAACGAAAUUGAAAUUCGACGAAGAUGGUGUCGCCCAUGCCUUGUAUGAGUUGGAAGAUGAAGAAGACUUCCAAAAGGGUGGUGAUGCUUUGACUCAGAAGGAAAACUACGUGACUAAAGAAUCCAGUGCCAUGAACAAGGCUGACGAGGCUGAUAAAGAAACUGCAAGAGAAAAGAGACAAGAAAAGAAGAGGAAAAGAAAGGAAGCUGAGAAGAGAGCCAAGGAGGAAGAUCUGUCGGACUAUGGUGAUGAAGCAGAAGGUGGAGUUGCAUACUUGGGAACUGGCGAUGUUGAUUUGGAUAGAGACAUGGAAUCAAGUGACGAAGAAGAGGUCGAAGUACCUCUGACUAAGAAGCCCAAAUGGUUUGAGACUAGUAAGAAGGUUAGUAGGAAGGAUGUGGUGGAAAUUGAGGAUCCACAAUCUUUGGAAGAUUUGGAAGCAUUGACCCAGAGGUUGUUGGAGGGAUAG